AUGACUGGGCGGCUGGACUACAGAAGCUUCCACGAUGUCUUCGGAGUUGAGGGAAAGCUACCGUACGACCAGUACAUCAACCGGGACAUCGAGUCGAAGCGUAAAAGUCUCGGUGGCGUCCUCUUUGUCGACCGCGUUCUUACAGCUCUAGGUGUCAGCAAAGUGAAAAUAUACCCGCCACGCGAGGGUCGCGCGCUCCACGAGCUCUACCAGCAGAUCCUCUCUUCCAAGAUGUCGACCCAUCACAAGCUGUCGGCGCUAUACUACCUUCUGCUAGACCACGACGAUGCCAUAGGCCCGCGGAUGAAGCUGACGGAGAAGUUUGCGCUUCAGACAGGCAUGCCCAAGCGCUACCAGAUAUUCAUGAGGGGGCUGUGGCACAUGGACCGUCUUCAAUUCCAAGUUGCCCUAGAGUUCUUAGCACAUCCAUCGCUGCUCCCCGAGUUCGCUGAUAACAUCGUCACCGUGCUCGUCCGUCACGCCGAAGCCGGUGACUACAGCCUAGCUUUGGCAUACUACUACGCCGUCCAGCCGGUGCUAAAGACGCAGGAGGCUUUGGAACUGCUGUUUGGCGCCAUCGCGCACACCGACGUGACAGAAGGCCUAAUGUUCACGCGCAAACUGCCGAACCCGGCACGGAAACAAUUGUUUGAACAGCUGGUAACUUUCGCUCUCAAGGGCAGCUCAAGCAGCACGGGUAACCUGGAUGUGGCCGACCGGGCGACAGAGCUGGUCAGCUUGCCACUGCGCAACGUCGAGGAGGCCUGGUUGCGGGAAUUUCUGGUGACCGGCGAGGGCCGGAAGCUGAAAAAAGCCAAAGACACUAUGGUGAUGCGGAAGAUCGUGUCGGGCGACCUGGGCCUCGGCGAAGGCAAGAGCCUAGGCGGGCCCUGGGGCAUGGUGUUACAGGGCUUUCGUCACGGGACGGGCGGCCAUGUAGAGCAGUAG